AUGUACUAUAAGCAGUAUUACACUUAUGACACGUAUUACCGACCUUACUAUCCCCAAUAUGUAUUAUAUGAAGUUCCAAGAGAAAAAAAUGUAUUUUGUAGUUUGACAGAAGCAUUAUGUAGCUGUGCAGUUUUGAUCGUGACGACCUUCACUUCGUUAUGUAUUACUUCAACGGAUUUAAUAAUAAGAGGUUGUGAUAAUAAGAGGAACUGA